UUGGUGGUGCGUUCGCAGCGGGAGGAGGCAAGGCUCGCAGGCUCAGUGAGUCGCCGAUCGCCGUCGGCAGCGCGCGCGCCCUCCCGUCAUCCGGAUUUUUUCCGCCCGAGAAAAGUUUUUCAAGUGGCCGUCGGACGUUGAAAGUGUCGGCUCGAAGUAUCCGCGGUAUACGGUUUGAUACUAGUGCAUAAGGAUUUGUGUGCUUUAGCUGUUGGUGAAGAGUAUUUUGUGUUUUAUGGAGAUUAUAGGAAGAUGGUGACAAGAAACUGCGAGCGUGGGAAAGGCACAUGAGGUUGUAUUGUCGCGCGAUGCGAACGUGACGCACCAUGACCCGCCGCGGACCCUGGAGGAGCUUCGCAAUCAGCGUCAUACAGAUCAUCACCAUUAUAUGCCAAGAUGGUGACAAGAAACUGCGAGCGUGGGAAAGGCACAUGAGGUUGUAUUGUCGCGCGAUGCGAACGUGACGCACCAUGACCCGCCGCGGACCCUGGAGGAGCUUCGCAAUCAGCGUCAUACAGAUCAUCACCAUUAUAUGCCAAGUUCUGACGGAGGAGCCUCGCUUCGCGGAGCCUAUCCCCAACGUGACGGUGGCGCUCGGCAGGGAUGCCAGCUUGCCCUGCGUCGUCGAACACCUCGGCACGUAUAAGGUAGCAUGGAUCCACAUCGACCGUCAGAUGAUCCUGACGAUCCACCGGCACGUGAUAACUCGUCUGGCACGCUUCAGCGUGUCACACGACAACGCCAUGACGUGGCUGCUGCACGUCAGUCAGGUGCAGCAGGAGGACCGCGGGUACUACAUGUGCCAGGUCAACACCAACCCCAUGAUCAGCCAAGUCGGGUAUCUACAGGUUGUUGUGCCACCUAAUAUUUUGGAUGAGGAGAGUACGCAGUCGGCGGUGGCGGUGCGUGAGAACCAGAACAUCAGCCUGGUGUGUAAGGCGGACGGCUUCCCCGCGCCCAAGAUCAUGUGGCGGCGGGAGGACGGACAGCCCAUCUCCGUCGACAGGAGGAAGAAAGUGACGGUGUAUGAGGGCGACACGCUGAGCCUGCAGCGCAUCAGUCGCACGGAGAUGGGAGCCUACCUCUGCAUCGCCACCAACGCGGUCCCGCCCUCAGUCUCCAAACGGAUCAUCGUUGACGUCGAAUUUUCGCCGAUGAUCUGGGUGCCGAACCAGCUGGUGGGCGCGCCGGCCGGCACCGACGUCACCGUGGACUGCCACACCGAGGCGCACCCGCGCGCCAUCUCCUACUGGGUGUAUGACAACGUCAUGGUGCUGCCCACCAAGAAAUACGCCAUCAACACUGAGGAGAACUCCUACAGAGCCCAUAUGAAGCUAACUGUGCGGAACCUGCAGACGGGAGACUUUGGCAACUACAGAUGCAUCUCCAAAAACUCCCUCGGGGAGACCGAGGGAUCCAUCAGACUGUACGAAAUCCCUAUGCCAUCGACGUCACCAAAGGCUACGGAAAUGAAAAGCAAUGCCAAUAAAGAAAGCGUGAGGCGCGUGAACGUGAGCCGGUCGGUCGCGCGCGCCGAGCCGGGCACGGAGCGGCCCAGCGUGGUGCGCGCGCAGCUCGACCGCGCGCCUGACCGCGACGCCGCGCACCACGUCUACCGCCCGCCGCACCCGCAUCACGUCUCAGGGACCCGGCGAGUGCAUUGUUGGCGGCAGUCAUUCCUUGCCAUCAUGGUUCUAGUGCAAUUGGACCUCAUCGUUUAAUGACUUACAAAAUAUAACCUUUUCUCCGAAAUUUUAUUGUUCCAACCAAAAACGUAUCCAAACAAAUCUAUUUAUCUCGAUUCGUAUUUUGUUUGAUGUUUGUCUUCCUAUAAAUGUGAUUUAUUUUAAUUAAGUGUUAUAUGUAAAAGUGAAACAUAUCAUCCUGAAAUUGUGACGUCAUAUCCCGAGUGAAGAAUGUUUGUGUGAGCGUAUUUAUAGUUGCGUGAAGGGUGAUCCCUCGAAAUCCCAGAAUGAGAAUAGGAUUAAGAUUUUAAAUAUCUUGAAAUGGUACCGCUAUACAAUAUACACUAAUACUUGUGGAAACAUCUGAAUAUCUUGCUACCGUUAGCCGCCUAUGUCGGUGAAUUCUAAAACCUUUCCCAAAACACGUUCUCGUUUAAUGAAAUACUAUUAUUUGAGGAUUCGUCAUCAGUUCAAACACGAAUUUUCACAAGAUCCCGAAUCGUCACAAUAGUUCCCUGUAAUUAUUCAUGAACCUCGUUAACCUACUCGGUGUUUCCUACUUCCAUUUAAAUUUUAAAUUAUACAUUACGUACUAUUCGUGCAUUGUCCUUCCACAGACGUCUAGUCUAGCGUCAUACGAAUAUUUGCGAAUCAAAGCUUUGCGUAGAAUAAUCCUCAAGAAUUUGUGCCAAACUUUACCAGCUCCAGAGACAUUUGUGUCACGUAAAUAGUUAUUCUUUUAACUUUUUAUCGUAGUAUUGAACUUCCAGUUCCGUUAUCUGAUAACCAAGUUUACGGUCAUCGUUAGUGAUAUUGUUUGUCUAAGUCAUAGUGUAACCAAGCUUGCUAUUCACGCUUGUCAAACUGUAAAUAUAAAACUUAAUGCACAGUAAAUUAAUUGAAUAAAGAAAUUUUAAACGUAAUUAUAUAUUCGUAUCUGAGUAUUGUUUGAGAAUUCGACCUAACAUAGACAUACAUAUGUUAUCUGUAUAAAUGAUUUAUCUUUUAUUAAAAAUAAGAGACAUAUUAAUAGAUUAUACUGCAUACUUUUACUGUACAGAUUGUGUGAUUUGGAAAUGUAAAUAAAAACAUUAUAAUAAAUUAGUAUAAAAUUAUCGACGUUUUCAAUUUAAUUUUAAUACCUCUAAUCUGAAAGGAAGUCUUAGUAAACCCACAGUGAAACGCCCCCACAAUGAAAAAAGGUAAUGCGUAGUAUUCGUGGAUCAGAAUUAAAAACUGAGCGACCCUAAUGGUGGCGGCGGCGGUGUUGGUGGUAGCGUGUCUGUUCCUGGCCGACACUAAACCGAUAAACGUUGAAAUAAUUAAAAGUGCGAGCUGGGGUCGGCGGGUCGCCGGCUCGCUCCCAGACAAUCUUAUCACCGUUCUCACUCACUGACAGACGUUAUCGCUGGACGGGAAUCGAUGGCUCGCUUUAAUUGAUUCCCCACUUUCAAUAGCUUUACAAUCGGCUCUUUGUCUUUUUCUAAUCGAAAUUCAGCUGAAGUAGGAAGGAACUAACGAAUUUUCCUUGAAAAUACCGAACCAUGGGGAGCAGAUAAUAAAUACUUUUUCUUUAAGUGGCUUGUGACAGUAGAAAAAAAAAGCGCCAUAAGGGUAACUAAGUAUACUAUAUACUUUAUUGUUCUCUGAGUGAAUUCUCAAGAAAUGCACUGUCCAUCAUUAGUUAUAGAUAAGAUUAGUUAUAUCUUCUUUCUUCUAAUAUAUAAAAUUCCCGUGUCACGAUGUUAGUUACCG